UCCUCCGUCAGCAGCUCUUCAUCAUGGGGAACUUCGUCGCCAACGAGGGACUCUCCAUCUUCGUGAUUCUGGUCUGGCUGGGCAUCAACGCCUUCCUGUUCGUGCAUUUCUACAUGGCCUUCCUGGUGGAGCGCUGGUUCUACACCCGGGUGCUGCUGGGGCAUGCCUUGUCCUGGGCCCGAGCUCCGGCCGCCUGCCUCAACUUCAACUGCAUGCUCAUCCUGCUGCCGGUGUGCCGAAACCUGCUGUCCUUCCUCCGCGGCUCAAUCCAGUGCUGCAGCCGGACGGCGGCUCGCCAGAUCGAUCGAAACAUCACCUUCCACAAACUGGUGGCGUACAUGAUCGCCUUCCACACAGCCGUGCACAUCGUCGCACACUUGUUCAACUUUGAGUACUUCAUGGACGCACAGUUGGACCGCAACAGCAGCCUGCUGCCCUUCAUCCUGUCGGAGAUCGGCACCGACGACAACGCCUCCUUCCUCAACCCCAUCAGGACCAACGAGACGAACCCGACCGUGGUCAUGUUCACCACCAUCGCCGGGCUGACGGGCGUGGCCAUCACGCUGGCGCUCAUCCUCAUCAUCACGUCCUCCAUGGAGGUGAUCCGCCGCUCCUACUUCGAGGUGUUCUGGUACACCCACCACCUCUUCGUCAUCUUCUUCAUCGGCCUGGUGUUCCACGGCUUCGGGCGCAUCGUCCGAGGACAGACGCCGCUCAGCCUGGAGACCAACCGGCCGCUCGUCUGCGCCGACCGCUUCCAGGACUGGGGGAACAACGGGUCGGACUGCGCCGUGCCCGAGUUCGCCGGGAACCCUCCCAUGACGUGGAAGUGGGUGGUGGCGCCGAUGUUCCUGUACGUGUGCGAGCGGCUGGUGCGGUUCUACCGCUCCCACCAGAAGGUGGUGGUGACCAAGGUGCCGGCCUGCAGGUUUAGAGGUCCCCCCCCUGCAGGAACCGCCCCGCUGACCCCCCUGUCCCCCCCGUCCCCCCAGGUGGUGAUGCACCCCUCCAAGACGCUGGAGCUGCAGAUGAAGAGGAAGGGCUUCGGCAUGGCGGUGGGCCAGUACGUGUUCAUCCAGGUGCCGUCCGUGUCGCGGCUGGAGUGGCACCCGUUCACGCUCACCUCGGCCCCGGAGGAGGACCACUUCAGCGCCCACAUCCGCAUCGUGGGGGACUGGACCGAGGCCGUGUACCAGGCCUGUGGGGGGGACGCGCCCGAGCAGCGGGAGGCCUGGCAGCUGCCCAAGGUGGCCAUCGACGGGCCGUUCGGCACGGCCAGCGAGGACGUGUUCCGCUACGAGGUGGUGAUGCUGGUGGGCGCCGGCAUCGGCGUGACGCCCUUCGCCUCCAUCCUCAAGUCCGUGUGGUACAAACACAUCCAGAACAACCAGGACGUCUUCACCAAGAAGAUCUACUUCUACUGGCUGUGUCCCGAGACGGAGGCCUUCGAGUGGUUCGCUGACCUGCUGCAGUCGCUGGAGCGCCAGAUGGCCGACAAGGACAUGGCCGACUUCCUCAGCUACAACAUCUACCUGACCCGCUGGAAGGAGGCCGAGGCGGCCCACUUCCGCGUCCACCACGAGGCCGAGAACGACCCCAUCACCGGACUCAAGCAGAAGACUCUGUACGGGAAACCCAACUGGGACAACGAGUUCUCCAGCAUCGCGUCCAGGCACCCCGGGACCAAGGUGGGCGUGUUCCUGUGCGGCCCCCCCCAGCUGGGGAAGUCCCUGGAGAAGCAGUCCCUGUCCCACUCCGAGGGCGACGUCAAGUUCAUCUUCAACAAGGAGAACUUCUGAGAGGCUCCCACCGCCGCCGCGUUGGGGGGGUUCGGGCAUAUAUAUAUAUAUAUAUAUAUAUAUA